GAAUUGCCACGCUCUUUCCUCGCAUAGUGCAUCCCUGAACGUGUUCCAAGUCACAAGCGGUUAGCCAGCUUGCUUUUGCUCAAGUUCAGCUGCACACGGGUAAGCUCGUGUAUCAUGCCGCCGGGGAAGCUCUAUCAUCAGACAUCGCUCAACUUAACGAAGCUACCCAGAAUACCACGAAAGCCUGACGCGAUUGCUCCAUCUGGUGGUGAUAAAGAAUCUAGCCCUAAUGUUAAAAAGCCUCUCCCAGCGAUGAACGGCCUGUCCGCAAAGCCAUUAGCGACGUCUGGCUUACGCAAAGCGUCUCCCUCUUCAACCUCAUUGCCUCCGCUGAACGGGAAGGAGGGCAGAGCAAUUAAUAUCGACGACGAAGGCACAAAGUCAAAGUCGUUCGUGAAAACGAACGUGACCGCGGACUCGGAACUCGACUCUGACCUAACUUCCGAAGGCGAGAGCUCUCUCAGCGGCGCAGACACCGACAACGACCUUGACUCAGAGGACGAAGCUGAUACGAGCCACGGAUUCAGAACGGCCGACACGACAUCGACCUCAUACAAUAGUGGCAACAGCGACGCGUCUGACAAAAAGGGCAAGAAACGGGCAUUGUUGGCCGGCGGUGCGGUGGGAAGCAAACCCGUAUCCAAGACGCCGAAGAAUGCAAAGGCUGCGACAGGUGAAGCGAAAAAGAGGUCUGAUGGCACGAAGACAGGAAAGAGGCAGAAUAAUCAAAAGGGAUUCACCGGCAAAGACGAACAAUUCUGCCAUCAACAUGGCAAGUCCAGCCUCUGCAAAUUUCCUCUGAUCCAGUGUACAGUCGUGCGGGGUGGCGGCAACCGGUGCGCUUACUCGUAUUGCUCGUAUUCGCUCGAGAACUUUUACAACGAGGAGCUCGAGCAAAUUCGAAAGAAUGGUCGUGGCGACACAACCUAUGACCCGGCCGACCAUGUCGGGCCAGGUGAGGCGAAAUAUUUCUGGAUUUGCCCUCGUUGUCGGGGCGCUUGCUAUUGCUCGGGAUGCAGGCGCUUCAAUGGCCUUCCUGCAUUCAGCACAACUGAGCAGGCGGCCAAAGUGACCGAAGAGAAAGGCAGUCUGAAGGCUCACCUUGCUGCAUCCCGCGAUAUGAUGAACGGGGGAGUCAGAACGAAAAGUAGUAGUCCUAGCAAAUCGGACAAAAAGGCAUCAUCGAAAAAGGUGGCUUCGAGUGCAAGCGUGAGCUCCAGUCCAAUUGCCGGUGCCAAAUUGAAUGGCCACGCCGAUCCAAAGUCUCCCGGCAAGCUCAAAAAGCAAUUAUUAAGGCCUGCGCUUGAGAAGGAUCGCAGUAAUCGCAAAAAGCUCACGAAGAAAAAUAUCGAGAGCAAGAAGCAGACUACCGGAGAUGCCAACCUUGCGAAAAACAAAAGCAAGCCCACUGCUAACAAGAGCACAACCAGCAAGGCUUCUGCGCCUGCUAGCACUGCUAAAGCGAAAACUAAGAGUGGUCAGAAGCUUCGUAGAGGAGCAUCGCCCAAGAGCAUGAAGCGCCAGACACUGUUCCCGCGCAAGCUGGUCGAGCCGAAGAAAGUCGAUGCGCCACAGCUUGACGUCAUCCACACGAAACUGCCCAGCGAGAACAUUGCAGCAAGAAUUUGGCUGUACGAAACGCUGGUCCGGUUUGAUGCCGUUGAGACACCUGCCAAUGUCCUGAAAACCCUGGACAAGUUCGAAUCCUGGACCCCUCGCUCUGUGCAGACGAUUUUCGAACGAAUGAUCUGUACCAUUGCUGGCUUAGGGAAGAACAUUCAAUCUGGUCAGCCCCGAGCAGGCUUCCAAUCGCUCGUCAAAUCCUUCAGAGAUUUCGGAGGCGACAACAGCCGCGGAGAGCCAUGGAAGGUCGCAUGUCAGCUCCUGCAAGACCAUGAGAUCACCAUCACCCCACUCCCGGUAGUGGAGCAUGAAUUCAGCAUCGAAGAUAUCGAGGAACCUGCACCGCCUUCGCCAACAUUGUUCACGCGUAUGACCAGAGCAAGGCGUGCCGCCGUCGAGAACCGCGAGGUCAAACGGAUGAACUUGCGGGAGGCCAGCGUCUCGAGCUGGGAGAGCGAAGGAGAGUCGGAGUACGACUAUCAGGAUGUACAGGAUCAAGAGGAUGGCGAAGAAGGAAGCAAGUUCAAAGCGACAAAAAUCAAGCUUACACUCAGGAGAAAAGGAAGAUGGUCGGCUUCUGCGGAGAAUGCAGAAGACGAGAUUCAGCCGCGUCGCUCAAGCCGAACGCAGCGCUUGCAAGAAGAGUCGGACGAGGAAGACGCUUCAGUUAGGGAGACGUCCAAUGGUGAUCGGGAAGGGGAUGAUGCCUUGUCCGCCGCAAGCGGUCGGAACUCUGCAGAGAGUGAAUCGCCCUCCGAGAAACACGAGGCGAAGAAAGAGAAGACCAAGACUCCCGAGCCCGCUGGUCCGAUUCCUGCUCCGAAUUUGGAAGACAAGAUUAGCAUUCUUGUUGCGCUCAUCGAACUUGUGCUCCAAGCGCCUGAAGUCAACAAGGACUUGCGACAGUGCGCCGAUGAGAUUAUGGCAGUGGAGAAGGAAGCAAAAGCUGCACUGGGCCUCCUGGAGAAGGAGUACGCUGAGAUCAACAGCGCAGUCCAGAAGAAAGCCCCCAGCAUGCUAAAUAGGGAGCUAUUUGAAGCUUGGAAGAAGGAGAAACGGAUGGCCGACCGCAAUCACAAGUGGGCUCUUCUCAACCAUCGCGUUCAGCUCUACAACAACCUCAACACGCUCAAGUUGCGUACUGGCCCGCUCGGCGUCGACGUAGAUGGCCGCGAGUACUGGCAACUUUCAGAAUAUGUAGAGCAAAUGCCACGGCAGACAACUGGUCGUUGGGCGUGGGGAAUAGUUGUACAUGGCAAGCCUUUCCCUUCACCAGCCGCCAUGGCAGCUGCCGCAGAAGAAGUCAGGAGAAAGGAAGAGGAAGCUCAGGAGGAAGCGCGAGCGGAGAAAGCUGCUGCUGAGGCUGCUGUGGAACACACAACGGAUAGGGACGUGGUCAUGGGGGAUGAUCGCAGCAAUGGCACCUCUUCCCCAUCAGGGAAUGGCGCACUUCCGUCCGACAAUGUGGUGGCUCCCAAGCAGGUACCUGUCGAUCCGGAAGAGGCGAAGUUUCAAGUACGUGGCAGCGCAUCUGCGCCCAGUACGCGUCUCCGCACCAUGGUAGCCAAGCUGGAUGUAGCGGCGGCGCCCGAUCCCCGGCCGAACUGUAUCGACUUGACUCCGCCAACACCUUCGGCUAGCCAACGCAGCAUUUUGCAAGCCGACGAGACCGAGUCAGAGCUUUCGGAAUUGAGCGAAACGGAGAGUGUGCGCUCCGUGCCGUCUUCAAGUGGCAAAGAGGAGCAAUGGGUCGCCGAGCAGCCUGACUGCUGGCAAACGGUCAAUUGGCCUUACUGGAUCAACCAGACUAUUCUCUAUAUCAAAUACAGGCUCGAAAAGGUCGAGUAUGAUGGUAAUAAAGCGCAGAGCGAAGGCAAAGGUCCAACCAAGACCAAAAUGCAGAUCGCGGCCGAGCAACAGAAGCGACGCGAACAGAUUGAGACCCUGUGCAAGAAUCUUGAACAAGUGCUUGAGUACUUCAUGUGGCAUUUCGAACUUGUCACUAAAGAGGACAUCCAAGGUGACAAUGCAUCACCACAGAAGCCAGCCAAGCAGGCUUGAAGGGAAUGGCUAAGGCAAACAUCUCUGCGGGCAUCUACUGAUCCUACGACCCACACUCUCACAUGUACUUAUAUGCAAUGAACAGUAGUA